AUGUCGGCCGCCCCGAAAGUCGGCGAAGUGACGCCGACUUCGCAGGACUUCCCUCUGUAUCUCGACCUGGGUAGUGGACUCACUGCCAAGCUCGACGAACACGACUACGUCGUCCUCGUAGACCAUAGGCUAGAGUUCAACGCCCGUUGCUUGGGAUUCGGCCUCAAGUUUUUCCGGGCGGCGGUGCUGGCCGAGCUCGGCCGCGAUGGCCGGCAGUGGGAGUGGCCGAAGCCUUCUGCUGAAGAGGUGGCGGACAGGCUCGUCGACUGCGAUGAACCCGUUCGAGAUAAAGUGCGCGACACCGUCCGGGACAGCGACGCAGGCUCUGGACUCCUAUCAAUAAGCGCGCUGUGCUGGGUGGUGAAGAGGAUGGAUCGCCUGACUGGCGACGACCGUCGCAGUGCGACCAGCAUGGACAAGGUCCUCGUUUCGGGGUUGAAGGAGCUGCGGAUUCGGAUGAUCACAUACAUCAAGGAACACGUCGCACGAAAAUGGUCAGGCCAUGUCGGAGUUGCUGCCGAUGCCUGUGACGACGACGCUGCGGAGGCCCCUUCGGCAUCCCAAGCAGUCGGUGUCGCCGACACCAGCGGAGAGGCCGGAGACGGCGUCGACAAGGCAGAUGAGAAGGCAGAAAGGUCUGUGGCGAGGACCGCGGAUCAGGAAAAGGAGGAGGAGGAUCGUGAUGAGCGUGAGCAGAGGCAUGGGCAGGAGGAGGAGGAGGAGGAGGAGGAGGAGGAGGAGGAGGAGGAGGAGGAGGAGGAGGAGGAGGAGGAGGAGGAGGAUGAGGAGGAGGAGGAGGACAAGGCGGCGGCGGUGGAGGCCGUGGAGCAGGGUUUCGGGUCGGUGGAGCAGGUGGCGGAGGGGGAGAAGUAG